UCGAGCCGCAUUGGUUUCGUAUCGGCCAAAGGGUCACGUUACCUGAACCGCAUUUGUGCGUAACAAAAUUUUCUACGUGCUUUUGAAGCGAUAAAACGUCCCAAAUUACAUUCCGAUAGCGUUUGCGAAACCCAUUUGUGGGGGCACCGGCUGGAUCAGUUGAUGGGCGGUGUUUUUGACGGCGUUACGUGAGAUUUUAUCCAUUCAUAACAGCAAAGAUAAAUGUGUCUACAGCGAGGACGUUUACCUGGCCCCAUGGCGAUGUGGCUUUGACGGGGGGCACCGCUCGGCCCGGAUGUGACCUUUGCCUUGUCGUGCCGACUGCAUCAGCGUCGCAAUGGCAGGCUUCGACCCCUGGGUGAUCCCGCCCGAAUCUCGGGUGAAGUUCGACGCCCAGUACCGUCAGAUGCAGCCAGCGGGAGGAUUUAUAACUGGUGAACAAGCCAAGAAGCUGUUUCUCCAGUCGGGCUUACCUCCUGCAGUUCUUGCCAAAGUUUGGUCUCUUGCGGACAUGGAUGCGGAUGGCAGGAUAAACCAGCACGAGUUUGCUGUGGCUCUGCACCUCAUCCAGAUGAAACUGAAAGGCAUCGAGCUGCCGGCAACCUUACCGGCCACUCUACGGUCACCAACAACAUUCCCCACUGCAAACUUUGCCGCUGCCUUUGGACCCCCUCUCGAGUCCGUGGGUUCACCUGUCACUCAACCUCUAGUCAACCCGGUGGCUCCCGUUUCGGGUCCUGCCUUUCCCAUGGCACCCUCUCCUCCAACCUUGGCUGGCACCCCCCAUCCAUCACCGCUGGGCAUUCUACCUGGUGUUGGCAUCCCACCCAAGCCACCAGCGCCUGCCUUUCCGCCACCUCCUGCUGCCUCCACGCCUCCUGCACUGACUGAGUGGGCUGUGCCUCAGCCUUCAAAGCUCAAGUACACCCAGCUGUUCAACUCCCACGACCGAAGCCGUAGUGGAUUUCUCGGUGGUGGCCAGGCACGCACCAUUUUACUCCAAUCAGCCUUGCCUCAGCCUGUUCUUGCCCAGAUCUGGAACCUGUCAGACAUCGACUCUGACGGACGACUAACGUGCGAGGAGUUUGUUCUAGCAAUGCACCUCGUUGACUGCGUGAAAGCGGGGGAUGCGUUGCCAGCCAAGCUUCCUCUGGACUUGAUACCACCGUCGUACCGACGCAAGCGGUCAGACAGCGUUCAGUCCACAGGCCCUGUACCCGAGUUGCUGGGCGCACUGCCGGGCGAGGUGACGAUCGAUGACAAGAACAUGGCCACCUUUGAGGACAAACGGCGAGCAAAUUUCGAAAAGGGCCAGGCAGAGCUGGAGAAGCGUCGACAAGCACUUCUCGAGAGUCAGCGCAAGGAGCAACAGGAGAGGGAACGCAAGGAACGUGAGGAGCAGGAGAAGAGAGAACGCAUACGGCAAGAACAGGAGAGGCGUCGUCAGCUGGAACUCGAGAAGCAGCUGGCCAGGCAACGAGAGAUUGAGCAGGAGAAAGAGGAACAGAGACGGAAAGCGCUGGAACAAAGAGAGGCUGCACGGCGAGAGAUGGAGCGGCAACGGCAGUUAGAAUGGGAGAAGCAGCGGAUACAGGAGCUGCUCUCCCAGAAGCAGCGGGAGCAGGAGAACGUCAGCCGGCUUAAAGGGCAUCGGAAAGCGCUCGCGCUACAGAUUGAACAAGUGGAGAACAAAAUUAACGAGGCCAACCAAAAACUGGCAGACACCAAGAAAGGUGUUGCCGAGAUGAAAGCAUGCAUCGACGAGAUGAGGGUAGAGAGGGACACCAAAAUGAGGGAGCUCAACGAAGCAAGACUAGAACUGAAGGAAAUCGGGGACAAAAUGCUUCUCUUGAAUCAAGAGAAACUUAGCCAUCAAGGCCGAUUGAAAACAAUUGGAGCCAGCACUAAUUACUCCCUCGCAAUGAACAGUUGUGGGAAUAAGGAGAUCAGCCUAAACAUGUUGAGGUCAACGUUGGCCAGCCUCAAGAAGGAAACGGAGCUCAAGCAACAAGACGUCGACAACAACAAUGCUCAGCUAAAGGAGUUGAAAGACAGAUUAGCUGACCUAGUGCAGCAGAAUGAGGCGUUGACACGAGAAUUCACUCAGAAGAAGCAACAAGUUAUAGCACUAAAGAAGCAGAAGAACAGUUCCAUAGCGUCAGACACUUGGAACGACAACUCAGACUUUGCAUCUGCAGAUUCGUGGCCAGGUGAAAGCACUCAGCCUGAGCCUGCCUCUGGUCUUGUAAAAUACAGAGCGCUAUAUGCGUUUGAAGCAAGAAACGCUGAUGAGCUUUCCAUUAUGCCGGGAGACAUUAUCAUGGUGCAGGAGAACCAGCACGGGGAACCGGGUUGGCUUGGGGGAGAGCUGCAGGGCAAGACAGGCUGGUUUCCAGAGUCUUACGUCGAGAAGGUGGUCACCUCGCCCACUGGCGGUUUUCCUACAGGCAACGACGGAGGGGCCACAGUGGCCGCCGCGGCCGAGACCGUACACAUCGUGGGAACCGAGAUGAAGAUGACCCUGGAAGGAAUUUCCGAGGCCCCGGAGAAUGGUCGCGAGCCAGCACUGGACGAAGUGGUGGCGCCCGAUGUUCUGCAGCCCUCGGAGAACUCCUGCUUUACCCAACUGCCCCGGGGGGCACCCAGUGUAGACACCACAUCUCCUGUACCUGGUGAGGGAGAAGCUGCCCCUCAGGGCUUGCAGGCACAAGCGCUGUUUCCAUGGCGAGCGAAGAAGGAAAACCAUCUCACCUUCAACAAGGGUGACGUCAUUGCAGUCAAGGAGCAGCAAGACAUGUGGUGGUACGGCGAGUUCCAAGGAAAGUUGGGCUGGUUUCCGAAGUCGUACGUCAGGCUUAUCUCUGGACCAGUGAAGACAUUCAACAGCAACCAGGUUUCAGAUUUACAAGAAUACGGAGAUGUGCCUCCUGAACCCCCAGCUGAUUUCCCAGUUACGACUGAGGAGAAGUUCGUUGCACUGUAUGCAUACCAGUCUCAGGAGCCGGGUGACUUGAGCUUCAACGCUGGUGACGUGAUUAGUGUUAGCAAGAAGGAAGGGGAGUGGUGGACGGGCACGCUGGCUGGCCAGACGGGAAUCUUCCCCAGCAACUACGUGCGCCUGUACGAGCCAGAAGUCAAGGAGGAGAAGGCAGCGUCUGCUGCUGGUGAAAUUCCUAUGAACACAACUUCCACAUUGCCGACCAACGAAGAGUUGGGCUUCGCUGGAGCGGAGGUACAGCCAGCAAGACCAGAAACUCCACAGAGUGACGGCAAGGUGAAGAACUCCAAAAUGAUCAAGAAGCCAGAAAUCGUGUCUGUCAUAGCCCCUUACAAGGCAACUGGGCCGGAGCAGCUGACGUUGGAGAAAGGCCAGCUCAUUCAAGUGCGGAAGAAGACUGACAGUGGCUGGUGGGAAGGGGAACUGCAGGUUAAAGGGAAGAAGCGGCAAACUGGGUGGUUCCCUGCUACUUACGUGAAAGUUCUAGGUGGAAGUGGCGCGAACAGCAGCCGGAACUCUCCUGUUCCUGCAGCAUUUGGCUCCAGCACUCGUGGAGAACAAGUGCGUGCCUUGUUUCCGUUCAUCGGGCAGCAGGAGGACGAGUUGUCCUUCCAGAAAGGCGAUGUCCUGGUUGUGCUGAGCAAGGAAGACUCCUCCUGGUGGAAAGGGGAGCUGGCGGGUCGAGUGGGCCUGUUCCCGGCCAACUACGUCGAACCCCUUGACAGGCCGGUCGACAAAUGUGGCAGCCUGCAGGAAAUCCUGUUCAGCGCAUCGCUCAGCACUCGGGAGAAGAAACGUCAGGGUCACAUCUACGAACUCAUCUCCACGGAGGAGAACUACGUCAAGGACCUGGUCCUCGUCAAAGAGGUGUUCUACCGGCCCAUGAAACAGUCAUCGCUCUUGGCCGACGACGAGGUGAAGCUCAUCUUCGUGAACUGGCCCGAGCUCAUCAUGAGCAACACCAAGAUGCUCAAGUCGUUCAGGGUACGCCAGCGUAUGAGCGAAGAUGGCGUCAUCGAAAUGAUCGGAGACAUUCUCUGCGAAAGUCUGCCUUACCUGACUCCGUACGUGAGGUUCUGCAGCUGCCAGGUGCGGUCCAUGGCCUUCAUUCAGCAGCGGUCCGAGAACGACCCUCGCUUCAAGGCGUUCACCAGGGAGUUUUGCAAGAACCCGCGAACGCGAGGCAUGCCGUUCACCAGUUUCCUGCUCAAGCCCAUGCAGAGGAUGACCAAGUAUCCUCUCAUGAUCAAGAAGAUCCGUGAGUACACGGACGCCAGUCACCCGGACCUGGGCUACCUGGACGAGGCGCUGGAGAAGGCCGAGCAGCUCUGCAGCCAGAUCAACGAGGCUGUCAAGGAGCGCGAGAACGCCGAUCACCUGGAGUGGGCGCAGUCGCACAUUCAGUGCAACGGGAUCUCCGAGAGGCUCGUCUUCAACUCGCUCACCAACAUCCUCGGCUCCAGGAAGUUCCUCCACUCGGGGUCCCUCACCAAGGUGAAGAGCGGCAAGGAGCUGGUGGGCUUCCUGUUCAACGAUUUCCUCCUGCUGGCGCAGCCGAUGCGCGACGUCGGCAGGGUCACCAACGUAUUCAUGUCCGACAAGGCGAUGAACGCCUCCUACAAGCUGUACAAGCAGCCCCUGUUCCUGAACACCGUGCUGGUGGAAGACUGCUCGGACGGAGCGGGCAGCCCGUCGGACGACACCUUCCAGAUAUCGGUGCCCGACGCACCCCGGAACGUUCUUCGAGCGGCCAACGCCAACGAGAAGCUACUGUGGGUCAAGAAGAUCAAAGAGGCGGCGCACAACUACCGCGACACGGAGGCCAAGAAGAUGAAGGUCUCAGUGACCCGGAGACCAGCUGUCGGCCAAUUAAAGCUAGUCGUAGUGCAAGCAUGCGAUCUCAACCUGAAGGACGUUCAAGGCCAGUGCGACCCGUACUGCGAGGUGAGCAUGGCCUGCCAGGAGCACAAGACGCACGUCGAGACGGCCACGAGCAGCCCGCAGUGGAACAGCUCCAUGCAGUUCCUGGUCAGGGACCUGCGUAGGGACGUCCUCUGCAUCACCGUCUUCAACCGCGAGCUCUUUUCGCCCAACGACUUCCUCGGCCGCACCGAGGUUCGCGUGUGGGACAUCGUGCGGGAGACCCGGCAGACGCGGGGUCCCAUCACCAAGCAGCUGCGGCUCUUCGAGGUGGACCAGGGCGAAGUGGUCAUCCGGCUGGACCUGCACAUCUUCGAGUCGUGACGGCCACGCGCCUCCUGCCGCUUCCGGCAGCGCCCGUCGUGUCCUCGCCGCGAAAGUCCAUUGUUGUUCUUUUUCAAUGUACGAUGCCAGCUUCUGCGUGCGGGCACCCUGUCGAAGGCCAUCGCGGGUAAUCUCCUCUUCUGGUAACGGUGCAGCGAACGGCGCUCCCAUUUCUUGCGCGCGGUUUCGCGAAGCUU